AUGCUCAGUCGAACCUUCCCUGCUCUCAUCAGAGCGUCUACUCUUCGAUCUCCUCAGCCGAUUCUCCGCACUGCUCUGUUUUCUGCGCCGUCAAGAACGUAUGCGAAGGUCGGCAAGCCGCGGCAGCCGCAGUUGCAGCCAGAAUCAUCACAGCCGCCUCGGAAGCCUGCGUAUUCUUCGAAGCCUUCGGCAAGCGAUGAUGUUACUGCCAGCACCUCAUUGAACGAGACUCAGCAGCCAGGAGAAUCCACGAGCGGCAGUGAACCAGAUCAGCCUCUACCAGAUCUCACAAAGGGCAUACCGUCCACACUAGCAUACGAGCUGAAUGAGGCGCAGCGCGCUCACUCUAAAGCGGACAAGGGCAGUCUGAACAUCACCGAGGAUCCUGCAGAACCAUUACCGAGCGAGGAGGAUGGCGGUCCACGGCGACCGAGAGUCGAAUAUGUGUCGUCCAGCGACCGGAAGAAGAACACCGCAUUCAGGUACACCUACCUCUUCCUGGGUUUGGGCUUGGUCGGAUACACUCUAUACCUCGGUCGUAACUGGGAGACUGAGGAAUUGAGAGAGAAGCACGCUGAAGGUGCGCCGAACGGGUGGAGCCCGGGCAUGAUCUUCACACGAGUGAGAGCGCGGAUGGAGUCAACGAGGAGCUACUACAAUGAUCCCGUGACAACGAAGCUUCUUCCUGACGAGGAGAAGAAUCCGGAGAUGCGAAUGCCAUUCACCCUGGUCCUUUCUCUUGAAGAUAUGCUGGUACAUCAAGAGUGGGAUCGUGCGCACGGCUGGCGGAUUGCGAAGAGACCUGGUGUCGACUACUUUCUGCGCUAUCUCACACAAUAUUACGAGAUUGUGCUUUUCACCAGCCAGCCAUCCGCGAUCGCGGACCAAGUACUCCGGAAGCUGGAUCCUUACAUGAUGAUCAGAUGGCCGUUGUUCCGUGAAGCGACACUGUACAAAGAUGGCCAAUACAUCAAGGAUCUGUCCUACCUGAAUAGGGAUCUCAAGAAGAUUGUCAUUAUAGACACCAAAGCAGAACAUGUGCAGAACCAGCCCGAGAAUGCCAUUAUAUUGCCAAAGUGGAACGGCGAUCCCAAAGAUCAGACUUUGAUCCAAAUGAUCCCGUUCCUAGAAUAUCUUGCAUCAAUGGGAUUCGAUGAUGCUCGAACCGUGUUGAAGUCAUUUGAGGGCAAGCACGUCCCGACAGAGUUCGCGCGGAGAGAGAAGCUGCUGAGAGAAAAGUUUGAAGCCGAUCGAAAGACCAAAACGAAGCCGAAGAAGUCGCUCGGCCUCGGGUCAUUGUUGGGCAAGCAACAGUCUCCAGAUGGCCUGGGUAGUACCGAUGAAGCACUUGCAGAAGGCAAGAUGAUCUGGGACAUUAUUCGUGAACGGGGUCAACGUGGCUACCAGGAGCUUGACAAGAACAUUCGCGAGGAAGGGCCAAAGUGGUUGGCCGCAAGAGAAGCUGAAGAGAAGGCGAUGCAAGAUGAGGCAAUGAAGAAUAUGACGCGAGGAGGAUUCAUGUCGGGUUGGUUCGGUGGCAAGAAGCCUGGAGAAGAAGAAAAGAGGUGA